AGUUGGGUUGCGAAUAGUGGAUUGUUUUGAUUGCUGUUCAGCUCCCGUCCGUGCAGUUCUUUUCUGUUUUCAAACUAGAGUGGAGCGGAUUUGUUCGAAAGUUUAAAAUUUUUCCCAUAGUAGUGACCUCGAUGUCGUGGGACCGAUUGCCGUUGGAAAUCUACGUGCAUAUCUUCCGGAACUUGGACUUUUGGGACCGGAAACCGCUGUCGCUGGUGUGCCGCCGCUGGAAUGAGGCCAUAUUUUCGCGAUCGCUGUGCAAGAAUCUGUGCUUGGAGCUGAGCCGAGGUUACUGGUCCCUCGAAGAGUGUGGAAUAGGAUCGGACGAACAGGUGCGGAUAGUUGACCAUGGGGUGGUGGAGGCGAGCGACCGUGACUAUCGGGUUGUUUACGUGAAGUGGUGUCGGGAUUCGAGCCAGGGAGAGUUGCUGGCCAUCGACAGGCUGCUGAUGGAAUUGGAUGACAAAUGCCAGCUGGAGGGAGUGAUUCUGGAUGCUCCUUUGGGACAGCAUCUGAGUAACUUUUUCAACACACACAGCGAGCUGCUGGGUCGCGUCCGGAAGUUGCAGGUUUCGACCGAAUGUUUGAACAAUCGAUUGCAGGCAGAUCGGUGCAGGUUGAAGAUGGGUCGGCUAGAGACCUUGGUUUGGAGGGAAGUUGUUAGCGGAGAUCAACUGCAAAAUCAGAAACCGUUGUUUUUGCUGGAGGCACCAAAUUUAAAAUCGGCAAUUGUACGGUUUGGCGAUUCGGAUUCCGAACAUGGAUUAUACUGGCACAGUUGUUUCCUUGAACUGGAACGAAGUAUCAAUCUGAAAGCCUUGAAAAUACAUCUUGACUCCAGGAUGUGGAAUCGAUUCUUCGAUCAGAAGUUGAGUGCUUUGGAGCACUUAACAAUUUUUCAUAAAGUUCAUAACUUGCGAGAACGUGACUGGAACGUUCUGUUUUCGAAUAUGACCAAUUUGAAAUCACUGCAGAUGUGGGAGGUCAACGAUGCCGUUUUGGAGGCAAUCAACUGCCACUGCCCCCUUUUAAAGGUUCUUUCGCUGGAAAACGUGGACCUAACUGGUGGUUUUCUUUCAGCUGACAGAAUUUUUCCUCAACUGGAACACAUCCGACUGGAGUUUGGAAAGAUCGUUUCCAAUAAAACGCUCUACUUCCCGAUACUGAAACACCUAGAAUGGUUCAAUGUAAAAAAUCAGGAACGAAAUACCCUCAGCAUCCACGCACCGAUGUUGAAAACGCUACGCCAAGCCAAGUACGGUCAACCUGACUUCACCCUAGUCCAGGGGGAGCUUUCAUUGGAGAAAAUACAGCUGGAUCUGUAUGCAUCCGAUAUUCCGGACCACUUCACCAGACGCUUCCCGCAACUAAAGGAUUUAAGCGUUCGCAUCAGCUCCUCAAGACCGGAUUUGGACAUAGUGUUUCCCAAUUUUCGUAACAUGACCGAGUUUGUACUGAUCACUUACAACGCACCGCUACAAUGUGACUCCAUGAUGAAUCAAAUGUUCAAAAACUGCGAACAAAUAACUUCGCUAACGCUGUGUGGAUUCAAUCCGAAUUUGGAAUUAUCUUUUCCGGUGUUUGCGCACAUUUUUCGAAUGCAAAAAUUGAAGACUCUGAAAAUGUUCGGCCUCAGCAUUACCGGAAGCUCGUUCCCGAUCCAAUUUCCACCUGCGCUGGAACGGUUCGAGAUUCGUUACCUCAAGCUGAUGGACGUGGCUUUCGGGGCCUAUGUCUUCCCACCGGAUGGCCCGUUCCAUGUGAUAUGCAACAAAUCAGAGGAAUUUUGCUGCUACUUCUCUAAGGACUGUGAUUAAUCAUUUAUGAGUGAGACACACUUUCACCUAGCAUAGGAUAAGAAGUGAUCAGUUUUUCAUCACAUUAGACGUAGUUUUAAAAGUUUUUCAAAGCUACCGUUUCAAGGUGAUUUGUGUUUUUGUUUACAUUUUUAGUCGCGUACGCGUCACAGCUCGCCAUUGGAAAGUGAAAGGAGGGUCAGGAAUUACGUGACACGUAGUAAGAUUCUUUUGGCGUUCGAUCGGAUUCGAAAAUCGAAUUUUGUUAUAUCAAUAGAACACAGUAAAUUAAGUCUCCACCUGACAGGCUUCACGUUAUAUGUGGAUUCGGCCCAUAAUAGCAUUCAACCUAAGUGAGAACGACGACUAGGACAGCUCUUCUGUGUCGAUUAUGAUUUUUAUUCAUUUAUCAUUGAAAAGGUAAAUCUAAAGUAGCAUACAACUGUUAUUCUAUUGCAUAGGUUAUAAACCUAUGAUUUUUAUUCCAAUUUUAGUUUUUACGAAAACCGUUGUUAAUUUUUUAUAUUUAUGAUCUUAAUUCGAAUUUUGAAAAUUUUAUAUUCUAUACCAUGUUAUAUAUUCUCUUGUUGGAUAAAUUGUACCAAUCGUAUUAAACUAAUAUUAAAAUAUUUAUUUUCAUCAGCUAUUUGCAGCGAGUCGCCAGCGACCUUCAUGAUUUUUGAUUUUUAAGCAUCCACAUCGUCACAUACGAUGGUUCCAAAACUCGCCACCAGUCUUGUGCUUAGCAGCAUCGAAGGCAUAUGGAUGAGCUUGGUAAAUCGACCACUAGAUGGCAAAGUGUGUUCUGGCUAACACUCAUGCGCCUGAAAUAUCAGCUGUUUAGCAAAACCUCCUACAGUGUGCUUCGAUAACUUAUGAUGAUAGGAAAUGUCUAAUGAAAAUAAAUGCUAUAAUAUAUGAACUUCUAAAAAGA